AUGCAGCCGAAGCUGCAGGCGCCGCUGGCCCUGGUGGGCAAGCCGCCAACUGGCGAGCAGCCCGUCCGGCGGGCUGCCAGGACCAGGCGGGAGACGACGGAGGACGCGCCAGCACCAGCACUGGUGUACGAUUGGCCCGUGCCCUUCGUGGACGAAGAGGGCCAGGCGACCCUGGCAGCCAUGGGGCAGACGUUCGUGUACCGAGUGCAGGUGCAGGAGAGGUGGAGCAUGAAGGCGGUCCUCCGCGCCUGGCACGCGCACACCGAGGCGAGCCUGGAGACCCCGCAGGAGUCCCGGAAGAGCACCAGCAGCGCACCGGGCAGUCCCAGGCCCACCGGCCUCGAGGCCGCCCGCCUGCCGGGGGAGCGGCACGCCUCGCUGCGGCCGCCCGGCGAGGAGAGGCGGCGCCUCGGGUCGGCCUCCGCCGCGCACCGCCGGAGGAACGUGGCGUACGACGCCCUCGCGGACUCGGACGCCCGCAGCAGCUGCGGAAGCGCGAGCGGCGAGCUCGUUGACGCCCCGUCGAUCAUCCUCCCGCUGGUAAGGGAGACGCGGCCCUGGGACGAGGCGCGGCAGAGGAGGGCUGACGUCAUGCUGAAGCACAUCGAGGAGGUCAGCGCCAAGCGGGGCGUGGACGCGGUGGAGCGGUGCCUGUUUGCCGACGGGAUGGCGAGGUCGGCCGCCAGGAGGCGCGGCGCGCGGCGCGGUGGCCCGCAGCCUCCCGACGUGCCGCCGCGGGUGCUGGGCCGGGUGGACCUGUCGCCGGAGGAAAGGGCGACCCGUGACGCGAAGCGCCUGAUGCGCCUGCACUACCACACCUCGCUGAGGCUGAUCCUGGAGGCGCCCAACGACGCCGCCAUGAUCUGCCCGCCAGACCCCGACUUGAUCAGCCCCCAGCCGUACAAGGCCCAGCCUUUCCUUCCACGCUUGCCGUCGGCAUCCACCGCGUCGAAGGCGGACGGCGACACCAAUCGCCGGCCGGCCAGCAUGACCGAGUCCAGGUCGUGCCGGCCCUGUGCUGCUGCUCCCCGCUUUUUGCAGCCCCCGCCUCUCCCGAGUUCUUGGCAGCGGCCCGCUGUGGUGUGUCGUUGGCCCGGCGGGGACCCCGCCGAAGGCGCAGGGCAGGGUGGCGGACGGCGGCGGGGGCCACGCCGAGGCGUCCGCGAAGCGGCCGCACUCGAAGAGCAAGGUCAUGUACACAGACAAGAGCUUGAUCACCGAGGCUGUCCGCCGCAAGAACGCCGUGCUCGGACUGUCCAGGCACGUGAGCCUGCCUGCGAUCGAAGUCAAAACGCGCAAGGAGCCGCCGAGGAGGUGGCGCGCCACUUGACGUCAGGCCAACGAAGGCAUGAGGGUAGCGUUUCUGCUCACAAGGCUGCUUUUUCCCGUUCUCUGUUGCGAAUGCGCCGGAUACUGCACGGUCUUUCUUCCUCCCUCUGUUUUGCCCUCCUCUUCCCCGUUAUCUCGAUGCUGGCCUCGACUCUUUUGCCCCCCCGUCCCAGGCGCCUCGACAUCUCGAGGCUGGCACCUUUAAGGUUCGCUUAA